UCAAAUCUCAGUUCUCUGGAUCUCAGCCUCCUGAUUACUGUGAAAGACUGAGGCUUGCUGGAGGCGCUCAGAGCUCAGCCCUGGCCCCCCGCCCCCCAGACCUUCAUGCAGGUGCCUCAGGAUGGAGAAGAAGACCUCGCCUGCCAGCCCUGGUACCAUGGCCCCCUCUCCCGCCAGAAGGCUGAAGCUCUUCUUCUGGAGGAUGGAGAUUUCCUAGUUCGAGCCUCAAGGUCCCGUGCGGGCCACCCUGUGAUUUCAUGCCGUUGGCAGGGGUCUGCUCUUCAUUUCGAAGUGCUCCGCGUGGCCCUGCGCCCCCGGCCAGGUCGGCCCGCUGCUCUCUUUCAGCUGGAAGAUGAGAGAUUUUCCUCCGUGUCUGCCCUGGUGUACAGCUACAUGGCCAGUGGGCGUCCAUUGUCCCAAGCCACAGGAGCCGUGGCCUCUAGGCCUGUGGCCCAGCCCAGCUGUCUGCGUCGCAGCUUUAGCGAGGAUGCCCUUGUGGACAGCACAGGUGGAAUCAAGCAUCUCAGGACCAGGAAACGGAGCACCAGCCAGCCCACAGACUUGGAGCAUUCAGGACGGUCAAAAGACCUUUCAGAGGGACCAGGAGCCUCUACAGUGCCCGGAUCUGCCCUGCUCCGGAUAGGCAGUGACUCAGUGUUGCUGAAGACUCCAGCUCCCCUGGGAAAAAUGGCUGACAUUCUCAGGGGCUCAGAUGGGCAGCUUCAUGCCAAGGCACCAACCAAGCCCCUGCGGGCACCCUCCCUGGUGCUUGGUGAGGCCUCUGGACCCCCUCCAACAUACUGUGAGCUGGUACCCCGAGUACCCCGUGCCCAAGGAGCAUCCCCUGUCCACAGCUGCCCAGAGCCAGAGGCCCGUUGGUGGGAGGCAGAGGAGGAGGAGGAGAAAGAGGAGGACAGAUGCUUCGUAAGGCCAAAGGCUGAGGUCUCUUUCUGCCCCCCUGACCACCCCUCCUGCCUGCUGGGCUGCCAGAAUCGGCCCCUGGACCCCCAAAUUCUGCACAAGCUCCGUGGUUUGUUCCUGGAGCACCAUCCUGGGGGCACCGCCCUGCACCUGCUAUUGGUGGACUGUCAGGCUGCAGGCCUCCUGGGAGUGACCAGGGAACAGCGAAGUGCCAUGGGGGUGGCCUCGGGCCUGGAGCUGCUCAUACUUCCCCAUGGACAUCGCCUGAGAUUGGAAUUGCUAGAGAGGCUGGAGGCGCUGGCGCUGGCCGGGGCGCUGGCGGUGCUGGGCUGCUCAGGGCCCCUGGAGGAGCGCGCGGCCGCCCUGCGGGGCCUGGUGGAGCUGGCGCUGGCGCUGCGGCCUGGGGCGGUGGGGGACCUGCUGGGGCUGGCGGCGGUCAUGGGCGCCCUGCUCAUGCCCCAGGUGUCCCGGCUGGAGCGCACGUGGCGCCAGCUGCGUCGGAGCCACACGGAGGCUGCGCUGGCCUUCGAGCAGGAACUGAAGCCACUGAUGCGUGCUCUGGAUGAAGGCUCCGGUGAGGGACCGUCCCUGGCUUCACAUCCACUGGAGCCCCACCUGAAUCUCUAUCCAGGCCUAGGCCACGCCCCGAUCCUAAGCCCCUCCCCGCCUCGGGCCACGCCCAGAUCCCAAGGCCCUCCCCAUCGCAGCCCGCCUGACCUGUCUCCAGGAUUCCAGCCUCACCCGGAACUGAGGGAGGCCCUGACCACUGGCUUCCUGCGCCGGUUGCUCUGGGGUAGUCGGGGCGCCCAGGCACCCAGAGCCCAACGCGUGGAGAAGUUCCAACGUGUCCUCAGCGUCUUGUCCCAACGCCUGGAGCCCGACAGCCCCUCUUUACCCUAGGAACAGCCACACUGCCGGGGAAUUCCCCCCCCCCCAAAAAAAAAGUGGGUAAGAAAUUGCCUCUUAAAAUAUGCAGGUGUCCUGGAGCCAUCUCCAUGCCAUACCCCUCGGCCGGGACACUUGGCAAACCUGAAGUCUGCAGAUGUGGUAUCAGAGUUCAAAUUUCCUUCUGUGUUUGAAAAGCUGUGUGGCCUCCCAGCAGAUCACUUGACCUCUCUGUGCCAGCCUGCCUUAUACCUUAAAAGCGCUUUCUAGGGAUUGUGGCUGGAAUGAAAGCUCCAUGCUUAUUAAAUGCAUGCUGGGCAUUCAGUAGGUGCUCAAUAAACACAACCUGU